AUGAGCUCAAGCUAUUGGAAUGAGAUGAACAGCAGCAGCUGUGGGACUCAGCAGCCCCCAGAGGUGCCGCAGUGCCAGACCCAGCAUUACCACUGCUACCAUCAGUCAAGCCAAACUCAGCACUCUCCAGAAAAAAAUGUAGUGUAUGAGAGAGUGAGAACCUACAGCGGGCCCAUGAACAAGGUGGUUCAGGCCUUGGACCCCAUCAACUCACAGGAAGUGCUGUCUCCUCUCAAAAAUGCCUCCUCCUACCAAAAUUUGGUUUGGAGCAACCAUCCUCAGGAACUCCAUUCUCCAACUUUGAAAAUAGCAACGCCAAGCAGUGUACAUAUAACCCAAAAUACAGAACAGGAACUCCACUCUCCAACACUGAAAGUCACUGCAUAUCCACAGACUACUAUGAGGAGAUACAUAGUACAAAAUCCUGAACAGGAACCACUUUCUCCAUUCCUAAGAAGAGGCCAUUUCUUCCCAGGAAACAAUGUUAUUUAUGAAAAAACAAUAAGAAAAGUAGAGAAGCUAAAUAUGGAUCAGGGAUGCUCUCCGCAGGGUCAAUGCCAUCAUCAGAUUGUCCAACAGCCCCAGAUCAUCCACUCUCCACACUGCCAACAAUCUCAUUCUAGCCAACAAAUCCAAACCACCAUAGGAAGUGAUUUGAUUUCUACAAACACUGGAAAUGAGCUGUGCCAUGGUGGAUCAAGGCAUAUAUAUGACCAGGUGAUAAUUGAAGAUGAUGGCCCUGAAAAAUUGGACCCCAAAUAUUUUGGAGAGUUACUAGCUGAUCUAAACCGUAAAAAUACAGAUCUAUAUCGCUGCUUAUUAGAACAUUUGCAGAGAAUUGGAGGAAGCAAAGAGGACUUUGAGUCUACAGAUGAAUCAGAAGACAUUGAAUCCUUGAUUCCCAGAGGAUUGUCAGAGUAUACAAAACAGCAAAUUCGCUAUAUUCUGCAGAUGAGGGGUAUGUCUGAUAAAUCACUCCGGCUAGUGCUGUCCACAUUCAGCAACAUACGGGAGGAGCUUGAACAUCUUCAAAAUGACUUGACAGCUCUGGAAAAUGACAAGAUAAGACUUGAGACAGAUUUGGCAUUCAAAGAAACUCAAAUAAAAGAGUAUGAAGAACUCUUGGCAUCAGUGAGAGCAAAUAAUCGCCAGCAGCAGCAAGGACUUCAAGACUCAACCUCAAAAUGCCAAGCAUUGGAAGAAAACAAUCUCUCUCUUCGCCAUACAUUAUCAGACAUGGAAUAUAAGCUAAAAGAACUGGAAUACUGUAAGCGUAAUUUAGAAGAAGAGAAUAAAAAUCUCAGAAAACAGGUGACUGAGACAUGCACAGGCCCGAUGCUGCAGGUAAAAAUGGAUGAGAUUGGCAAUCAUUACAUGGAGAUGGUAAAAAACUUAAGAAUGGAGAAAGAUAGAGAGAUCUGCAAGCUAAGGACUCAAUUAAGUCAGUACCAAAAAGAUGUUUCAAGAAGAGAAGGAAGUUGCAGUGACUUCCAAUUCAAGCUUCAUGAACUGACAGUCUUGCUGGAAGAGAAGGACUCCCUUAUAAAGCGUCAGUCAGAGGAACUCUCAAAGUUGAGACAAGAAAUGUAUCUAUCUCAUAACCAACGCUCCAGUGGUGGAAAGACUACCAUUAUGACAAAAAAGUACAGGACACAAUAUCCAAUCCUAGGGCUCCUUUAUGAUGACUAUGAAUAUAUACCACCAGUUAGUGACACACAGACUACUGUGAUUGAAAAAAGAGAAGACAAAUGGACUUGUCCAUGAAUGGAUCUCGAACUCAAAGGAGUUUUGUUUGUAUGUGUCCACAUUAGUAUUUUGUUAUUUUCCAUAACUAAAGGCCAAUCAAA